AGGGGCGGAGUUAGAGAGGAGCCGGAAGCGGCCGCACUUCCGGUACGGAAAACUCUCAGCUGCGGCUCUGACCCGGCUUGACAGGCGCGGUCCCUGCAAGUAGCGCUGCCGCCUUUCACCUCUCUGCUGUCUAACCUUCAAGCUCGUUUGCCGUCCCGAAGCUCCUUGUCUUCGAAGUCGCCCCUUCCCUAUGUUCCGGGGCAGGAGUCCUGUAAGCAAAGAUCCGCCCGCCGGUACCCCAUCAUGUCCGAACUGACUAAAGAGCUGAUGGAGCUGGUGUGGGGCACCAAGAGCAGCCCCGGUCUCUCUGAUACCAUCUUCUGCCGCUGGACGCAAGGGUUUGUGUUUAGUGAAUCAGAGGGAUCUGCAUUAGAACAGUUUGAAGGUGGCCCCUGUGCUGUUAUUGCACCCGUUCAGGCAUUUCUUUUGAAGAAGCUCCUGUUUUCUUCUGAGAAGUCAUCUUGGCGGAAUUGCUCAGAGGACGAGCAGAAGGAACUUCUUUGUCAUACCUUAUGUGAUAUUUUAGAAAGUGCUUGUUGUGACAACUCUGGAUCAUACUGCUUGGUUUCAUGGUUAAGAGGAAGGACAACUGAGGAAACUGCUAGUAUUUCUGGGAGUCCUGCAGAGUCUAGUUGCCAAGUGGAACAUUCUUCUGCCUUGGCUGUCGAAGAGCUUGGCUUUGAGCGAUUUCAUGCAUUAAUUCAAAAAAGAUCAUUCAGAAGUUUAUCAGAAUUAAAAGAUGCUGUCUUGGACCAGUAUUCAAUGUGGGGAAACAAAUUUGGAGUAUUGCUUUUUCUGUAUUCUGUGUUACUGACAAAGGGCAUUGAAAAUAUAAAAAACGAAAUUGAAGAUGCAAGUGAACCUUUAAUAGAUCCUGUAUAUGGACAUGGCAGCCAAAGUUUAAUUAACCUCCUACUGACGGGACAUGCUGUUUCUAAUGUAUGGGAUGGUGAUAGAGAAUGCUCAGGAAUGCAACUUCUUGGUAUACAUGAGCAAGCAGCUGUAGGAUUCUUAACAUUAAUGGAAGCUUUAAGAUAUUGUAAGGUUGGUUCUUACUUGAAAUCUCCAAAAUUUCCUAUUUGGAUUGUUGGCAGUGAAACUCACCUCACCGUAUUUUUUGCCAAGGAUAUGGCUUUAGUUGCUCCUGAAGCUCCUUCAGAACAAGCCAGGAGAGUUUUUCAAACCUAUGAUCCAGAAGAUAAUGGAUUCAUAGCUGAUUCACUUCUAGAAGACGUAAUGAAAGCAUUGGACCUUGUUUCAGAUCCUGAAUAUAUAAAUCUCAUGAAGAAUAAAUUAGAUCCAGAAGGAUUAGGAAUCAUAUUGUUGGGUCCAUUUCUUCAAGAAUUUUUUCCUGAUCAGGGCUCCAGUGGUCCAGAAUCUUUUACUGUCUACCACUACAAUGGAUUGAAGCAAUCAAAUUAUAAUGAAAAGGUAAUGUAUGUAGAAGGAACUGCAGUCAUUAUGGGUUUUGAAGAUCCCAUGCUACAAACAGAUGACACACCUAUUAAACGCUGUCUCCAAACCAAAUGGCCAUACAUUGAGUUACUCUGGACCACAGAUCGCUCUCCUUCACUAAACUGAUUUCCCUAAGUAUUUGUAAGGAAGAUUGUAAUAACAGAUGUUGAUAGAGGGAUUUAUGACUGGCAAUUGGCUAAACACUGGUAUCAUUGAUUAACUGUAAAUAACAAUUAAAAACACAUUUUUGUGUUUAAGAUGUUUUAUUAUUUGGUUUAAAGGUUUACCUUAAAGCUUAUCCUAUUUUAACCCUUUGUGUUGAAAUUUACUAGCAAAAUUAAGCUUUAAUCAAAGUUCAUCACUUUUGCAAUAAGAUAAGUAUCAAAAUCACUAUGUAUAAACUUUUGGGUUUUAUUUCAUUCAGCCACAUUUUAUCGUUUGAUUGAUUCUGGCUUAUAUAUCAGCUUCCACACUGAAAUGCAGAAAUUAAUUUUUUUCUUUUUGAAAAUCUUUUCCAUGAGAAAUUCUGAUAAAUAACAAUUUAUCAGUCCAGAUCCUUUGAUAAUUGUCUUAACUCUGGCAUGUUUACAAAAUGUAGAAACUAUCUGAAAACUUCCCACUUAUUCACAGGUGUCUAGGGGAUGUAUUUUUUAAACUGAUAGAAAAGAGAAUGUUUGAUAGUCUUAACACUGUUAACUUUCACUGUGUUGCCAAAUGCUUUUCCAAAUUUGUUCCAACAGCCCUAUAAGCCAGCUUUCUUGUAUAUUUAUAAAUGUGAUAAAUGCAUGAGAACAUCUGUUACUACAUUAGUAUAUUCCAUUAUUUAUUAUGAUCCUAGUUGAUAACCUAAAUAAAAACUUUUUUCUUUAACUCUA